GGUUCCCAUCGCAACGACAGUUGCUGACUGUUUGUGUUGGCAGGUGGGACGUGCAGGCGGUCGCGGCUUGUUGUCGGGGGCCACUCGGGACCAAUUUUCAAGACAGCCUUGGCUUGGACAUCUCGUCGUCCCACCGCGCGGCUCCGGACCUUGAGUGAUUAUUACAAUGGAAGAAACCAGUAAUUUCAAGACACCAAGCAGAUUAUCUGAAAAAAAGAAAUCUGCAUCGUGUUUAACUCCAUGCAUAAAUAUUCCUGCCUCUCCGUUUAUGCAGAAGCUUGGCUUUGGUACUGGGGUAAAUGUCUACCUCAUGAAAAGAUCUCCAAGAGGUUUGUCUCAUUCUCCUUGGGCUGUGAAAAAGAUUAAUCCUAGAUGUAAUGAUGAUUAUCAGAGUGUGUAUCAAAAGAGACUAACUGAUGAAGCUAAGAUUUUGAAAAGCCUUAAUCAUCCAAACAUUAUAGGUUACCGUGCUUUCACUAAAGCUAGCGAUGGUAGUCUCUGUCUUGCUAUGGAAUACGGAGGUGAAAAGUCUCUGAAUGACUUAAUAGAAGAACGAAAUAGAGAUAGCCGAGAUCCUUUUCCAGCAGCCAUAAUUUUAAAAGUUGCUUUGAAUAUGGCAAGAGGGUUAAAGUAUUUGCACCAAGACAAGAAACUGCUUCAUGGAGAUAUAAAGUCUUCAAAUGUUGUUAUUAAAGGUGAUUUUGAAACAAUUAAAAUUUGUGAUGUAGGAGUCUCUCUACCAUUGGAUGAAAAUAUGACCGUGACUGACCCUGAGGCCUGUUAUAUUGGCACCGAGCCCUGGAAACCUAAGGAAGCUCUGGAGGAGAAUGGUAUUAUUACUGACAAGGCAGACAUAUUUGCCUUUGGCCUUACUCUGUGGGAAAUGAUGACUUUAUCUAUUCCACACAUUAGUCUUCCAGAUGAUGAUGAUGAUGAAGAUAAAACUUUUGAUGAAAGUGACUUUGAUGAUGAAGCAUACUAUGCAGCCUUGGGAACGAGGCCUCCUGUUAAUAUGGAAGAACUGGACGAAUCGUACCAGAAAGUAAUCGAGCUCUUCUCUGUAUGCACUCAUGAAGACCCGAAAGAUCGCCCUUCUGCUGCGCACGUCGUUGACGCUUUGGAAAUGGAUGUCCUGUGAUCACCUCAUGCUCAUGACUGCCGGAGCCUCAAGUAUAGCUUGUGUGUAUAGCUGUUCUGUUUACCAUAAUACAUUUAUAUAGUUAUUAUGAUGGCCCAUAAUUAUUAGACUUUUCAGAAGUGGCCAUUUUAGGACCAUAGAUAGCACCUUUUUAACAUUUGAACGACUAUUUCUAUUAUAAAGGUAUUUCGUGUAUGCUUAUGCUAAUAAGCAUUUGAGAUUGUAGAAGGUUUUCUAUAAAGUUUAAGAAACUAGCUACUCAAGUAUUUGAACUUGUUUAUACAGAUUUAAAAUAAAUUGCUGUAAACUCUAACAUUAAUUUGGAUUGAGUGACUGUUACUUUUCUUAAUGAUCUUUUUCAGAUAUUCUCUAUUUUAAUGGAUCUAUUAAAAUUAGCACUUUGUGUAUUACAAAAUAGGUCUACAUUUGCUUAUCUUUUAAAACAUUAAACCUUUUGCUGGCCUUUCUUGGCUGAUGUGCUUAUUAAAUAAGGUCACUGAGACCAGAGACCUGGGAUAUGGCUCAAAAGAGUAGCUCCUUGGAUAUUUCUAAACAUUUUUGGUUGAGGCUUUUCUUGCUCUCUUGGCUCCAGCCAUAUCUUUGGGUUUUGCUUUAAUUUAUUAAAUGUAUUUUCUGUACUGAUAUCUUUAAAAUUUUUUUAAUUUACUAGUCUGUACUUAAGCAUAUCACAGUAUUGGUGUAAAAAUAAUAAAACUCUAAUAGAACAAUACAGAGUAAAGGACACUUUAGUUACCAGAAGGUUUAUUAUCUUAUUUGGUACUCCAUUGAUUUGAAUGUUGUCAUUAAACUUACUGAGUGAAAGUGAGUAGGCUUCUUUCUCUUUCUUGGCCUUAUUUUGUUAAUCUGUAAAAUGAGGGUGAUUUGAAUCAUUAGUUUCUAUCUGUGAGCCACAGGUCCCUGAGAUUUUUCA